AUGGAGUCAGAUCCCCGGUCCGCGGGCCCCGAUGAUCAGGGCCUUCGUCGAGCUCGCCCCUGCAGCUCCAAUGGCGUUGGUCAAAAGCCAAAAGAGCAAAGACAUCGAGUGCUCAUAUCACUUCAAUACGAGAAGAAGAUUGACUUGAUCGAGGAACGACUUUCCAACAUUGAAGACCUGCUACGGAGCCUCACAAACAACCCCCAGAGCGUGGGCGACGCUACGUGGGACGCCAGCAGGGUCAGACACGCAACGCCCUCGGCAUCGACUGUCGGGGAUGUCUCCAUUUUGACCCACGACGGCGCAGAUUCGGAUUCCGCGUUCGAAGGCGAACUCUCACUCACCGCCCAUACCAUGUUUGCCAGCGACUUCAUCGAGAAUGCCGUACAGAGGACUUCGCUCCAAGACGUCGCGCCCAACAUGCACGCCGCACUCUCCGCUCUCCGUCAGAUCGUCUCUAUGCAGUCCAGGACUUCCUCCAAUCGGGAGUUCCGUUUCCGCACCCAACAAUCGCUACCGCCCGGGGGCCUGGCUGACCUGCCUAUGCCACCUAUGAAUGCCGUCGUAGCUCUUCUCAAACACAUGAAAGUCUCGCCCCCUAGCAUCUUCUCUCUCGCGUGCUCGUUUCUAGAUGUUGAUGAUCUAGCUGAGCUCUGCCGAAGAGUCUAUUUUUGCACCGACAACUUUGCCGACACAACGUUCAUCAUCGUGAACGGCGCGCUCUUCUAUCUCUUCAUGGAGCAAGCAUACCUCGCACCCGACGGAACAUCCCGGGAAGAAUUUGAAAGCUAUCAACACAUGUGCCGGAAUAACCUGGAAACGGCUCUAGCUUGCUUGCCACUCAUGCUACCCGCCAAGGUCGAGAGCAUCGAAGCUUUGCUCAUAGCCGCCGUGUACUCUGUAGACGUUUCGAAUGCAUCCCUAGCAUGGCUCUUCACCUCUACUGCUGCUAGUUUGUGCCAGACACUCGGCUACCACCGCGUUUCGCAGGCUAGGAGCGAUAGUGCCGGACCCAGAGACAUCAAGACGCUGUUGUUCUGGCACGUUUACAUGCUUGACAAGACUCUCUCGCUCAGGACCGGCAGGGCAUCUGUCAUUCAGGAUUGGGAUGUCACCUUGCCCAGGAGAGUUGACAACACAAUGGUCGCAGAUCCUUGGGGGGCCAUUAUUACAAUCUGGAUCAAGCAAUCCGAGAUUCAACAACGGGUGUACGAGCAAUUGUAUAGCCCGCUUGCCCUCAACCAAUCUCAAGAAGAACGGAUCGAGACAGUCAGACGUUUGGAAAGCGAACAGAAGACCAUCAUGGCCGCCGCAUCCCAGGUGCGGGAGCAAGCCCUCUUUGGUCUUAAAGCUUUGAACGCCUCUUCCAUAUUGGACAUACAUCUUAGGGGCGAUGAACUGACCUUCCAUUCGACCAUGACGUUGAUUUACAGAGCAUUACCGGCACCAGAGGGCUCACCGACCCGGUUUACACAAGAGUGUAUCGACACAGCACGGUUCUCUAUGCAGUUGCAUCUUGAAUGCAUGCAGAAAAUCGCCGAAGAGGGGCGGCACCUCAAGGCAGUAUAUAUUCAUUGUCCUGACCGAGCUGAAAUUAGGGCUAUUCUGCUCACCCCAUUCACGCCCUUCUUCGUCCUCUUCUGUCAUGUCAUUGACACAUCGAGUGCCAGUGAUCUCAAGCGACUGAACGAGUUUGUUGGCUCUCUCCGGCCCGCCUGCGCACUUUCAGAACCUGUUGAGAGGCUACACCAGCUUUGUUCAAUGCUGUGCAACGUGGCGACGCUGUACGUGGAAGGCAAAUCCCAGCAGUCGGAAGAACGCGAUCCGGUCAACGAUGAGUUUGACGUAUACUUGAGUGCGCUGGGGUUCCCGCCAACGGAAUGCCCUGCUCAGGGUAUGGAUACAGGCGAAAUGUCUCAGCCCACCUUGCAGACUGCUCAACUGGGCAACUGGUUUUCAGGCAGCCAGUAUAUGAUGGGGUUACUAGAAGAGGAUCUGUCUCAGUUCAACUAG